AUGCCUCGGGGUCAGAAGAGUAAGCUCCGUGCCCGUGAGAAACGCUGCCAGGCUCGAGAAGAACCCAAGGUUGUGGAGGGUGCUCAGGCCAGUGUAGCGGGGAAAGAAAAGUCCCUCUCUUCCUCGUCUCCUGAUUUCAAUGAAAAUCCCCAGAGGUCAUCUGCUUCUGGAAAACCACGCAAUCAGCAAAAGCCAGGGAAAGCCCCAUCCAGCACUGCUGCUGCAGCAGCUGCUUCCUCCACAAGAUCUCAUGAAGGCGCCACCAUCCAAGUUGAGGAAAAGCCAAAUACCUCACAGGCCCAGGCUUCCACUGAGAACAGGGAAAGAAGCCCUGUAGGAAACAAGGGUACAAUGCUGGUCUGUUACCUGCUGAACAAGUAUGAAAACAAAGAGCCCAUUACAAAGGCAGAUAUGCUGAGAAAUGUGAUCCAAACGGAUAAGAACCACUACCCCGAGAUCCUGAAGAGAGCCUCUAAGGACCUGGAGCUGUUCUUUGGCCUUGACCUGAAAGAAGUCGAUCCCAUCAGGAACCUCUAUGUCCUCAUCAACAAACUGGAACUAAGCUGUGAUGCCAGAGUGAAUGACAACACAGGCUUGCCCAAGACUGGCCUCCUGAUGACUAUUCUGGCUGUCAUCUUCUCAAAGGGCAAUUGUGCCACUGAGAAGUACGUCUGGAAAGUGCUAAAUAUGAUGGGAGUAUACGAUGGGGAGGAGCAUUUCAUCUGUGGGCAACCCAGGAAUCUUCUCACUGAAGAUUGGGUAAAAGAAAAGUACCUGGAAUAUCGUCAGGUACCCAACAGUGAUCCUCCAAGGUAUCAAUUCCUGUGGGGUCCAAGAGCCUAUGAUGAAACCAGCAAGAUGAAAGUUCUUGAGUUUUUCGCCAAGAUCCAUCAGACCGUCCCUAGUGACUUCCCACACUUGUAUGCAGAGGCUCUGAGAGAUGAAGAGGAGCGAGCCCGAGCCAGAGUUGCAGCUAGGGCUCGUACUGCUGCCAUGGCCAGUGCUCGUUCGAGGGCCGUUUCCAGCAGCUUUUCCUGCCCCAAAGUGAAGGCUGAGGAAAAUUCUUGA